AUGGAAGCUCUCAUACGACGCUUCACACCAGGUUUGCAUCACCUACAAAUCAAGACAGCAAGCCAGAAGACUCCUGGUGGAGCAUCGCAUACACACUUUUCUUUGGUCCCUGGACACGGAAAACACAUCUUGAGAUUCAAAAAUGCUUUCAUUGCAGUGGAUAGACAGCGUGAAGGAAAAUCUUUCGAUGCUCAAGGCCAACCUUUUGAAACCAUCAAACUCACCACAUUAUAUGCACACCGUCAUGUCUUCGAAGACAUGUUCUCGGAAGCACACUCGCUGUCUAUGCAGAGUAUCGAGGGCAAGACCAUGGUUUACACCCUUAGAAACAUGCAAUGGAUGCCACUCGGAGACGCCAAACGCAAGCGACCUUUUGACUCUGUUGUUCUGGAGGAAGGUAUGGCAGAAAUGAUCAGAGAUGAUGUACGCGAGUUCUUGAAUGCUCGAACCUGGUACCUCGACCGUGGGAUUCCAUACCGAAGAGGUUACCUUCUUCAUGGCCCACCUGGAACCGGAAAGACGUCCUUUGUGCAAGCAUUGGCUGGAGAAUUGGACUUCAACAUCGCCAUGCUCAGUCUGAGUCAACGUGGGUUGACGGAUGACUUGCUCAACCAUCUGAUGCUCAACUUGCCUCCACGUACAUUUGUCCUUCUCGAAGAUGCAGAUGCUGCUUUCAACAACCGAAGACAGCGCGACGAGGACGGCUUUAGCGGAGCCACAGUCACCUUCUCCGGCUUGCUCAAUGCUCUUGACGGUGUCGCUAGUGCAGAAGAACGUAUCGCCUUCAUGACAACCAACCACAUCGAGCGUCUCGAUGAUGCACUUAUCCGGCCCGGAAGAGUUGACAUGACAUUACGUCUCGGUGAAGCGACAUUGUGGCAGAUGGAGCAAAUGUGGGACAGGUUCUACGCACAUCUAGACCCUGAUGGCAGCAAACGAGCUUUGUUCCUCGAGCGGGUCGAGCAAUACGGUCUGGUAAACUCUGUCAGCACGGCCGCUGUGCAAGGAUUGUUCCUAUACAACAAGGAUGAUCCUGACGGCGCUGUGAAUAUGGUCGGACAGUUGCUCAUGGCGAAGACACCAACUAUGGAAGUGCCCAAGAAGAACUAG